AUGCUAGAGUUAGAGAAUGGCUAUCUCAAAAAAAGUGCAGAAGUAGCUAAAAAAUACCAAGAAGAAGACUCUGUGGAGGUUAAUCAGGAACAGAAGAGGAUAAAGCCAUCAUCAAGUAUCCAGAAUAGUGAUGACUCCUCAGAUUUUACUUAUUCUCCUAAGUCUGAUUCAAUCGAUUCAGAUAAAUAUCGUCAAACCUACUUGGCAAAGGCAAAGUGCAAUAGUAUGAAUAAUUCAGUGGAAAUCCUUAAAACUGGAAUUAGAGAGGGCUUUGACAGGGAGCUAUGGGCAACAAUAAUAGAUAAUAUUAGUGCUGAAUUUGUUUUCUCCCUUCUUUCUGAUCAAGAUAUUCUGAGUGCUGGACAUGAAUAUUUCUACACUGAUAAAAGCCAAAAAAGAACAUAUGCUGGUCAUGGAAAUAUAUUAGAUAAGAUAAUUGAUGAUAGUGUAGAGAGCAGUGAUAUAAUUGUUUGUGGGCUUCUUGUUCGAGGCAA